GUUUGGGGGCAUUGGGCCCUACAGCAUCUAUCUCCCUGAGCCCUUGUAUCUAAUACUGAAGCUGGACUUUUAUCAUAGGCACCCAAAUACUUGAUUUUUGUUGAUAAACAAUUUUUUAAAGGACAUUCUGUUAUCAGCUUUUUCUAUCAUGUGUUGCAUGUCUACUGCUGCCGUUCUAGGUGGAUGUUUUCAGUUUUCAUAUUCUUAGGGUGCCGGUAACAUAAAACAAAGCUUCGAAACAUUAAAAUGUUUAUUCUUAAUUGCGGGAAAAGAAAAAAAUAUCAUGUAAUUCUUUGUUCGGAGGCGGUGGGGAAAGAAAGACCAUCAAUCAGCUUUGGAAUCAGACAGGCCUGGGUUGGCAUUCCAGCAAGGCCACUUAGAGCUCUGUGACCUGGACAGUUUACAGAAUGCCUUGCACCUCGCUACUCACCUGCAGGGCGGGGAGAAAAUCCACUUCACAGAGUUGCCAUGAGUUUUAAAGUGAAAAGUUUACGAAGAGCUGGCAAAACUUGCGGCACCUACUAACUACUUAUUACAUUUUUAAUCACUCUUAUUAAUAUUAAUUAGGUGUGAAUGCACCACAGUGGGAAAUAAUAGGCUGUCGAACCUCAGUGUAUGCACUGGGUUGUGGGUUUCUGAAUGUCCUGGGUUCUGCUUCCACCUUCUAGCUCAAGCACUUGUUAAAAACGCCAGUCAUGAAUCUAGAGUGCCAUCGCUAUGUCUUAUUCCCAUGAAUUUCUAUGUUACUUUUGGUUAAAUUCUGCUUAGUGUUUGUCAGACUUCUUGUGUGCAUUUAAUGUUUUAUGGCUGGCGAACUGUUGAGUUUAGCUUAGUGAAGGUCAUCACCUGAAUGCAGUUUAACCUCUGAUGGUUGUUUUCUGGUUGGUUUUGAUGGCAUGGAAAACCUCAUGGAAGAAAACAAUUCAAGGUGAGUUUUUCUAAUCCUUUGUCAUAAGAGACGGGACUUGAUGUGUUUUCCGGGUCCAGUGCCCCCUGAAAUGCCAGCAGUAAGCGGGUAUAUAGGAUGCUGCUCCUUGACAUUUUUUAGUUCUUUGCCUUAAGAAAGUUUAUUCAUUCUUUUACCUGAAACAAGUCUUUCUAAUUUAUGAUUGGGAUUUGAAACAUCUAUUUGCUCACUUCAUAGACGGAAGUAAAAAGAAUGGACAUUGUGCAGAGAAAUGGAUACAAACUUCUCAAAGGCACGGCGCAUGGUAACCCUUAAUUAUCACUGUGUCCGUGUAAUGGUACAUCCUUAAGUGAGAAUGCUUUCCACUCAGAGUCCGUCAGUAAGAGUCCCACACCAAUAAAAACCCUGCAUCUCUCCAGUGUGCCUGGGCUUAAAUCUUACUCUUACAGGAUUUAAGAAUCUUGACUCUUGAGACUGAUAGAUCUAGGUUCAAAUCCUGACUCAGCCAGCCUUAGUGAGGCUCUUAGUCUCUCGGAGUUUGUUUCCUUAUCUGUAGAAUAAGGGUAGUUGCAAUGUCUACCUCACGUGUUGUGAAGAUCAGUGAGCAGGUGAAGGGCUUCCUUAGUACCCAGCACACAGUAGGAGCUCAGUCACCGUGGUUUUCCCCGUUGCCAGGAAGGUUAAAGGGGCCAUCCUGCCCUGCUAGGAAAGCUCAGAAGAAGCUUCUGAUGUUUUGCAAGACAAACCCCACUGUGAAACUAAACCCGCUCUCAGAAUUAGAGGAUCUGAGCAGCCUUGCAGAAUGUUAACGCCUUGGUGGGAAAUCUAACAGUUUGGAUAAAAAUGUUCCUUCAGCCUCACAUGAAUUAAUGCAGUAAGAACUCUAGACUUGUUUUCUUUUAAAUUAGGACAAGUGCUUCAUGAAUAUCCAUUGCAGAAUGCCGCUUUAUUUAUUUUUUCCCUUGCCCGGGGUUUCAGCAGCACCAGAAUGUUUCUUGUUAUUUGGCUGCUGCUUUCCAAAGGAUUAGAUUGUAGUUCAUGACAGCUCAGUUUUAGGUUUGAUCUAGACUCGGGCAGAAAUACCUAGAAAAAUUGUUUGUAUCUAGUUUUUAGGGUUGCUCUCAUGCCUGCCGUCCUUAGUGCCUCCUUCUGUGGUCUUGUUAAGGACUUUUUGUAUGAGAAGGCAAGUUAGUUACCUUUGGUCUUCAAUGCCCGAUAGGGAAGGCCUUGUUUGAGCUGUGUCUCUAGUAUCCGCAUGCAGCAGGAUUUGGAAUCAUGAGCCUGUUGAUUGAGAAUUAUGGGUACUUCCGGGUUCCUUAAACAUUUGCAAUCUUGCUUUUCUUCCUUGGAAGUAUCUCUGGGUGUUUUUAAAUGAAGUGGAGCACGUUAGAAUGAUGAUGGGCUAGAGCAGUGGCCGCCAACCUUUUGGACCUCUGCGGACCACCAGGUGGCGACCACUGGUCUAGAGGGAAGGAGCCAUUUUGCUAGAUUUUGCCCGCUGGCAGAGACGAUCCUGCAUCUCUUGGGUCUUCAGCAGAGAAAGGUGAAAGCUGAGGGUGAAGCUCUGGUGAUGGUUGUGGAUUUUGAGCCACCAACUUGGUUUAGGUCGCAUCACCUGACAUACGCUGAGAGCCUCGCUCUGCUGGACACACUGCUGGGCUUUGGGCACACAGUCCCUGCCCUCAAAGAGCUCAGCAGCCCCGGAGGCUCAGAAAAUCAGCCCGUGGCUAAUUGCUUGUCACUUCUGCUCUGGUUGUCACUAUGGGGAAAUAGUCACUGAGCUGUACCCAAGGAUGCUGCAGAGGGGAUUUCAAGGCCCAUGUGGGUGUUUGCCCAGAUGACGGUUACAUGUCCUUCCUCAUUUGUAGGUUCUCUUCAGAGUGGGUCAGCAGGGUGAGAAGAUGUCACUGGUUUGGUUUUCAUUAUCUGGUUUCAUUACAGCUUAAAACGUGUGAUGCAGAAAGAUGUGCCAAGGAGAGGGCUAGUUGUGAAUGUUACCUCCUUCAUGAGAUUACACUUCAUGUCAGUAGCAAUGGACAGCAGCAGUUUUAUUCAGUUUGACGUGCCCGAGUACAGCAGCACGGUUCUGAGCCAGCUAAACGAACUCCGCCUCCAAGGGAAACUAUGCGACAUCAUCGUCCACAUCCAGGGUCAGCCAUUCCGAGCCCACAAAGCAGUCCUCGCUGCCAGCUCCCCGUAUUUCCGGGACCAUUCAGCACUAAGUACCAUGAGUGGCUUGUCGAUAUCAGUGAUUAAAAACCCCAAUGUGUUUGAACAGUUGCUUUCAUUUUGUUACACUGGAAGAAUGUCCCUGCAGCUGAAGGAUGUUGUCAGUUUUCUGACGGCAGCUAGCUUUCUCCAGAUGCAGUGUGUCAUCGACAAGUGCACGCAGAUCCUAGAGAGCAUCCAUUCAAAGAUCAGCGUUGGCGAGGUUGACUCCGUUACCGUUGGUGCUGAAGAGACUCCCGAGAGUCAGAAUGGAGUUAAAGACGGCGGCUUCUUUGCCAACCCAGUCGAGAUCUCGCCGCCGUAUUGCUCUCAGGGACGGCAGCCCACCACAAGCAGUGACCUUCGGAUGGAGACGACACCCAGCAAAGCUUUGCGCAGCCGCCUGCAGGAGGAAGGGCACUCAGACCGAGGGAGCAGCGGGAGCGUUUCUGAGUACGAGAUCCAGAUCGAGGGGGACCAUGACCAAGGGGACCUGCUGGUGAGGGAGAGCCAGAUCGCCGAGGUGAAGGUGAAGAUGGAGAAGUCAGACCGGCCCAGCUGUUCCGACAGCUCCUCUCUGGGAGACGAUGGCUACCACACGGAGAUGGCAGCCUCUCAGCCAACCAGCGUAUCAGAGGCUUUUGGAAGUUUGAGUAAUUCCAGCCCAUCCAGGUCCAUGCUGAGCUGUUUCCGAGGAGGGCGUGCCCGCCAGAAGCGGGCUUUGUCUGUCCACCUGCACAGUGAUCUGCAGGGCUUGGUGCAGGGGUCAGACAGCGAAGCUGUGAUGAACAACCCUGGGUAUGAGAGCAGUCCCCGGGAGAGGAGUGUAAGAGGUCACUGGUACCCCUACAAUGAGCGGCUGAUCUGCAUUUACUGUGGAAAGUCCUUCAACCAGAAAGGAAGCCUUGACAGGCAUAUGCGACUCCACAUGGGAAUCACCCCCUUUGUGUGCAAGUUCUGCGGGAAGAAGUACACGCGAAAGGACCAACUGGAGUACCACAUCCGGGGCCACACUGAUGAUAAACCCUUCCGCUGUGAGAUCUGCGGGAAGUGCUUUCCAUUCCAAGGUACCCUCAACCAGCACCUGCGGAAAAACCACCCGGGCGUAGCUGAAGUCAGGAGUCGCAUCGAGUCCCCUGAGAGAACAGAUGUGUACGGGGACCAGAAACUAGAAAAUGACCCAUCCGCCUCCGAGAUGGCCCUAGAUUCUCGGAUGGAAAUUCACACGGUGUCCGAUGCUCCUGAUUAAGUUGGUAAAGAAGUGCACCCAAACAAAGCACAUUAUUCCAUGCAUAGUUGUGAUUUGCUUUGUUGUAAUCUUUAGUUUUCCCAGCCAUCUGGAAACCUCUUGGUCUCUUGGCAGUUUUUCUAAGGGUUCUGGAAGGAACACUUCAUUGUGUUUCUGCUUCCCCCGCCUCCCUUCCCCCAGGAGCUCAAAGCAUGAAGGGCAUCAUAUCCAGGGAAAACACAGGCUGACAGUAUUCCUCUUUGGCUGAACUCUUAAUCCCAAAUCUGCCAGUGACUUAGCUAUGCCAAUUGGUUGACCCUGUAUUCUCUGCCAAGAGGCAUACUCUCGCUGGGCCAUCAUGCACUGGCACCAGUGCAUCUCCAUGGAGAGAGACUAGGAUGCCAUCAGCCGAUAUAAAUGGGUAACCUUUUCUAAUUUAAAAUUACUUUUACGGAGUAGUUAGACAAUUUAUAUAUAUAUAUAUAAUAAAGUGAUUAUUAUAUAUAUAGGAUAUAUACAUUCUCAAAUUUGGUUUUAUUCUGGUUGAGGUGAAUGUAAGAGGAAUAUAUAAUUUAAUACAAUGUGAACAGGGCUUUUGACUCUGUCAUCCCUACCUAAUAUGUAGGGUUUUGCCCUUUUAUUUCCCUUAGAAAAGAAUAUUAAUAGGUUUUCAUAUACAUUAAAUAUUGUGUCCAAAAGCAAGCAAAGCAAAUCACAGUGUUCAUAGCUCUGCUUCAUAACAAAUACAUAAACCAAAUGCCAUAAAACCUAUUCAACUCUGGUUGGAAACCAUUUGGAAUUUUUGUUAGUUGUCCAGCGGGUAAGCUGGAUGACCUGUGGUGCUGACCCUUUUUACAUAAUGUAGUGUUUUAUUAGCCAACCCCAAAGGAGCAGUGGUUUUCAGUGUUUUUACUGGCCUCCGAAACUACCUUCAUUCCGUACUGUAGAAACAUACACACUAGGUAACUAAAUUGAAUCACUCUACCGUGAGUUAUCCUCGCACUGAAGGAAAGGGAUUUGUAGUUCUGUCUACAGUAUUCUCCAAGCAGUGUUGUAGGGUUGUUGUUUUUCCUUUCUCUUUUCAAACAGCCAGUUCAGGUGCACAGCAACUUUUUCUACAUGCAGUUCCCAGGGAAACUGCACAACUUGGAAUUUGUACUUUUGUAAAGAUAUACUCUAUGGGAAUUGCAAGCAAUAUAUCUAUCUUAGUAUUGUGUGUGCUAACGAGAGCCUCCGUGGCUCCCCCACUCUCAGUGUUUCCUGCUUAAAGAAACCAACACUUAACAAGCCCUCUGAGAUCCUCUGUGUGUCACCAAAUCUGUGUGUGUCACCAUUUAUUCUUUUGGUCACGUGGUGCUAUCUUUAUGUUAUAUAUCUUUUAGGUCAGUAUAGUUGUAAAAAAUGUGAAAUCUAAGGGGAAUAGUGAAUUACAGUUUUUUCCCUCUCUUGAGUUUCUAGCUUGAAAAGAGACCUCAAAAACGUGCUGGCAAACACAUUACUGUAUAAAAAAAUACCUGAGUCCUAUUGAAUAAUAUUUUAUUAGUGCUUUAGGAACUGUCUUCAGUUCUAUAUUUUGUCCACCCAUAGGCUUUACAGGAUUGCUCUGGUACUGUAACCUCUGGCAGUAAUUUGGUGAACAGUUUGGUGGUGGGUUGGUGCUGCUGGUUGUGAGUGGGAGGUCAGCACUCGACACUCUCUGCUGAGAACCUUGGCUCUGAAACUCACAAGGGCAUCUCCAAAGGAGAACAGCACAAACCACCCGAGAGAAAACAAGCGAAAGGCAACCUCAGAGGCUAAGUGUUAAAGGCAAACAAAAAUAGAUGUUUGCUGGUUUUCCAUGCUUUUUUGACUCUUAAAAUACCAAGAAUGGUGGCGGUUAUUUUUUUGUUUUGUGGGGGGUUAUUUUGAGAAAAAAAAUGAGUCAUUCAGGCCCCUGUGUGCAACAGUCCCAGGGGCGGUGGCCGUGCAGCGGCAGCUCCUUAGCACACAGGCUCUGUUCACACGGGGGCUGCUGCACUCCACAUCAGUGUUACUACGUACAGUUCCACUCAGUCCUGCUCCGGGAGCAGCGCUUGCUAAAUCGGGUAUCGUUUGCCUUUUUCCUGUCGAACUGCCUAAGUAAGGGGCCUGUCUCCCUGCAGCACUUGCUCAACCCCGUCAAAGCCGCGAGCCCCAGGGGGAGGCCGGACCCCAGUGUUUACCCACUUACCUGUGUCCUGGGGUUUCAGGUAAAUGUUUGUGAUUUAUGUUUCCUUACGUGAAUCAGUUUGGCUUUAAUUUUUUUUUUUUUUUUAAGAAUGAAAUGCAAAAAAAUUGUUUUGUGAUAAAAAAUUAUGUUGGUGGCAAGAAAUUCCCAAAUCGAGGACAUGAGAGGUGAGGCUCGGUGAAGGCUUCUCCUUUCACUCAGGCUCGGGGCCUCCUGAGAGGUCCCCAGAGCGUUUUGUGAUCGACCAGACAGGACAAGGCAGAGGGGAAGACACGUGGGCAGGCACCUCCGAUGUCCUAGUUCUUGUCACCGUGUCCGUCUUAAUGUUAUUUACAUGGAGUUCUUUGUAUUUGUCAAUCUGUUUAUCUGGUUUGAGUUUACCAAAGAGUGACUUAUCCAAAAUUGUCUUUGACAAAAAAAUAUACAUUGCUUUGAUUGUACAGUUCAGGUUCAAACAUUGUAAUGGGACUGUUAAGGGGCAGAAAAUUGAUUGAGUUUCCCUCGAAUAAUCAUAAUUCCACAUUCUGCAAGUUCCACUUGCUCCCAUUCAUGUUGCUAACACUUUACCCUUUCCACUGCUAGCAGUGUUAAGAAUUCUCAAGCCAUAACACAGUACUGUAAGGUUCCACAGGGCUCCGAGGGAGGCAGCGCGGAGGCCAGCACUGAGCGUGCGCACUGCGUGCCUCUCGGUGUGCGUGGUGGGGGAAAGAUGACUCCAUUCAGACCGGGCAGCAGCAAUACUUGUGCCUUGUCACACGAGGAUGUGCCAGGAGGAUUAACGGGACCACAGAGCAGAAACAUUCUCUCCCCGAAGUUCACCUCACGUCUCCGCAGACGAAGUACGCUGUGUAACUCCUUUUGGAAAGCAAAGUCCCUAUUUCUGUACAGUUUUAGAUUAGAUGUCUCAUUUAUAACCAAUGCAGAAAUCCAUUAAGAUAAAAGUGAUAUGUGAAGAAAUCUUUUACAGUGAAAUAUAUCCUGAGUUCCUCUAGGUCUGUUCAUAAUUGAGUCUCUUCUUGAGCUACCUUUUCCAUACACAGGCAAUGUGAAGACAGUGACAGCGUCCUUUCCUGUAGGGUCCUACCUGUUAUUACAAACUGUGAAACAAAGACUUUUUUACUGUACUAUUUGUGGUUCUAGACAGUUAUUUUCCUUCUCAUCAGUUCUCUACCCUCUAAUUUCUACUAAAGCUGUAAAUACAUUUAGAAAUUAUAUUUGUAAAUAGAGUAUAUGAAGACAAGUUAAUUUUUUGGUCAGUGGGAAAAACCUCCCAGUUGACCCUGCCUUGGCAGGUUUUUUUUUUUUUUAGUUUUUUUUUUAUAUAUGUGUGUGUGUGUUUUGUUUGUUUGUUUGUUUUUAAACAGCAGAGAAAGGAUACUGUCGGUUCACUGUUAAGCAGAAUAUACUGUAGAACUAAAUUGAUCAUUUCUAAUCUUCCAGAGCAUGAGUAGAUGUCUUUUCUAACAAUAGUGGUUAUAACCAAGUCUUUGUUUCCCCUUCGCCCAGGCCGUAGGCCUGCAUAUUUUUGCCUGUGGUUUUGUUUUUUUGCUUUUGUUUUUACAGCCUCAGCUCUAGGAAGAAUUUACAGGAACACAAAACAAGGGCUUGGGGGGAAGUCAUCUAUGUGAAUGAGCUUUACUUUAAAGAAAUCAGUGUAUUUUAUUUUAACAACCUUUUCUGUUAGUUACUGUGAUUUUGUUGUCCUCCUCGUUAUUGUUAAAUUCUGUAAUGGUUUCCUGUGAAGCCUCCACUGAAAGGGACUCAAAUAUGCAACACCUAAACUAUUUUCCAAGGGCACACGCCCCUUGAAUGGUGCUUCUAGACUGGUCAGGGUUAUUUAUUAAAUUUUAUAUAUGAAAGUAUUGGGGAACUAUGUAAAUUCUUUAUAUGAAACUAUCUAGUUCACAAAUCAUAGAUUUCAUAUUACUCAGUGCAACUGAACUGAAAGUUCAGAGAAGUCAUUCACAUUGCUCCAGAUUUGUAAUGGUUGUCACACGCCACGCACGUCUUUCUCAGUAAGUGCCAGAGUGUUUCCACUGUUUCUGCCCAGUGCUUGACCUCUUGGCCCGGAAGAGAACCUGUGUUCUCUGGGUCUGCACAGUCAGGGCUGUUGUAGUUCUUGACCAAGUCCUGGAGUGAGCCUUGCAGCAGAUUCGGUAAAUGACCUUUUGCUGCCCCUCAGUGACAAGUAUGCUGUGAAUUCAACCAUUGGCCUUGCUGCCCAAGCCUUUGGUUGCUGCCCUGACUGUAGUAAAGGUCACUUACCUAGCUUCUUUGAGAAUGACCAUUUUCCUAAUGUGAAAACCAUCUCUCUCACCACUUUUAUUAGUAGGGCUAACUUUUUUCCGUUAUAAAUGGUUGAGCAAUUUGAAUGACUUAACAGUGUCAUUAUCUUGCAAUAUAAACUGGUAACCUCACAACUCCACACUUCAUCACCACAUGAAGUAAAUGAAGCUAGCUAAGCGGAUGCUGUAUCAACUAAGUAACUUGCCAUUAAGGAUUAUUUUAUAGCAUGAAUUUAAGACUUAUUUAUUCAAAUGAUAUUUUACUCUUGUAUUCACUUUGUUUCAGAUUUGUGAUAUGAAUAUUUCAGUGCUGCUUAAUUUUGUUCUGAAUUCUUGUUUCUUGCUUGUAAAUGGCUUUUUUAUGGUAUAAAUAAAGUCCAUGGAAAUUGCUGUUUGUAAAUAAAAAUGCUGCUAGAGCAAA